UUGUUUAUUACACCAACUCAAAGAAUAAUAAAUUAUUCUAAUAAAUAAUUAGUAAAACAUUCAGUAUUUUUCAAUAAAUUCAAGUGUUCCGCAAGUGAUUAUCAUUUCAAUCGUCAUAAUAGUGAUUCCCUAAAAAAAACACAAAAAUGGGUAAGGGAAAGGCGGAAGCAGGCACCCCAAAAUACUUGGCCAACAAGAUGAAAGCCAAGGGUCUGCAGAAACUGCGCUGGUACUGCCAAAUGUGCCAGAAGCAGUGCCGCGACGAAAACGGGUUCAAAUGCCACACCAUGAGCGAGUCCCACCAGAGGCAAAUUUUACUGUUCGCGGACAACGCGGGCCGUUUCAUUGACGGAUUUUCGUCCGAGUUCAUGACCGGAUACUUGCAGAUCCUCCGCAGGCAGUUUGGAACGAAGCGCGUUGCGGCCAAUAAGGUUUACCAGGAGUACAUCUCCGAUCGGCACCAUCUGCACAUGAACUCCACCAAGUGGCAUUCACUGUCGGAGUUUGUUAAGUUCCUCGGUAGGCACGGCCAUUGCGUGGUAGACGAGACGGAGAAGGGGUGGUUUAUUACGUACAUUGACCGAGAUCCGGAAACGCUGGCCAUGCAGGAAAAAAUGGCCAAAAAGCAAAAGAUGGACAAAGACGACGAAGAACGUUUAGCCGAAUUCAUAGAAGAGCAGGUUCGCCGGGGAAACAAGGAGGAAGAGCCAAGUACAUCGUCCUACACGGAAUUGAAGCGCGACAACGAAGAGGAAACCAUUAAGCUUGAGCUGAAGCUCGGUACCAACAUCAAAGUGGAAAGCAAACCGAUCAAAUUAGAAAAACGGCCUCUUGAAAUUCUGGACGAGUUCAAGAAAGAGAAGAAAUACAAACCCGGCUGUUCAUCGACGAGUGGAACGAAGAAAACCUCCGUCCUGGAUGAAAUGAUCCGAGAGGAAGAAAUCAAGAAGGAAAAAAGUAACCGGAGAGAUUAUUGGCUCGCGGAAGGUAUCGUUGUGAAGUUGGUGACCAAAUCUCUGGGAGAAAAGUACUACAAAGAAAAAGGUGUUGUGCUGGACGUGAUAGACAAAUACAGAGCGAAAAUUAAACUGCUGGAGACAGGAGACAAGCUGAAAGUCGACCAGGCCCACUUAGAAACAGUUAUCCCAGCGAUCGGGAAGCAGGUGCUGGUGCUGAAUGGCGGCUAUCGAGGAAGCAAUGCCACCCUCAAGGAAAUCGACACCGACAACUACUGCGUAACGAUCGAAAUUGCAUCCGGACCUUUGAAAGGCCGAAUAGUGAACAACGUUCAGUACGAAGACAUAAGUAAGCUGUUUUAGUAUUUACGCUCUAUUAUUGGUAUGCCCCUGAUGAAUGGAAUUAGGUUAGUAAAAUAAAAACGAAACUAUGCUGAAAAAGAA